AGAACCAAUCGUCUGGUCGACAGAAGAAAUAUUUUACUCCUUUAAUUGGGAGAGUUUAACAUGGAGCUGACCGCUUGGAUAGUAUUCCUUUCUGCUAUUACAUUUACUAUGCCACAAAAAAUGGAAUUGUGCAGAAUAAAAGCAGGUGUGUUUCUUAUACAAGGCGGUUUUCCAGUCCUCGCACGAAGCUUCUGUAAUUAAAAUGAACUGUUUAGCAUCGUGAUUGGAUGAAAGUGCUCAUGCAUCACUCGCAGCGAGCCGCGAGGAAUUUCGUGCGAGGACUGGAAAUCCGCGUUAAUAAAGCCUUUGAAAUAAAUUAACAAAGUAUAACUACAUAAUUAAAACUUGGAAAGUAAUUUUCUAGUGAACUAGUUUCUUUUUUAACCAGUCAAUUGCUAUAAUAAAUUGCAAAAUUUCUAUUUUCAUACUUAAGUGGAUAAUAUGUGUUUCAUACUACUAGCCCUUGUUUAUGUACGCACUACUUCAAACACGAGUGCGGGAGUGGUUUAUCAGCUACAAAACAAGAGCGCAGCUCGGGUAUUUUAUAUCUGAUAACGCACGGACUACGAGGGUUUUAAUUUGAAUAGCUUAAAAAACGACCUAUCUGAUGAGUACAUUGGCGAAGUAAUUUUAAAAAUAAAGUUGUUUAAGCCAAGAAAAUCAAAGCUAAAGUUUGUGUAAAUUAACCACCGAUACGGCAGUGAUUUCUUCUGUCUUUUCUUUAUGAAUAAUUAUUAUUAGUAUAAUUACAUAGGUGAUUAUUGAAAAUUCUCCACGCUGAUUGGUUGCCGUUGAGGUGAUUAAUACGCGAUAAACACCUAAGCGAUUUUCAAAAUGGCUGCCGAAGCCUUUUUGUCAAUUCAAUGACGAAGAAAUGUGUAUUUUAGAAAUUGCAGUAUACAGUGGUACCAUAAAAUUUGAGUUUCCUCAUAUGGUGACUUUAACUUAUUUUCCUUUUUUUACGUUAGACUGUGUUCCUACACAACCAAGCAACAUAAGCUUUGUUCUUGGAAAUCCGAAAGAAAAGACAAAAUAUUUACCACCUGGUCCGAUUUCACUAAGUUGUGAGGUUACUGGGGACGUAGAUAUGAUUCGUUGGAUAAGAAACAACUCAGAUGGUGAAUCCAAACUUAUAAACAGCACUUUGUUAAAUGCCAAAGUUGGGCAUUUAGAGGAUUUUCCGAAGGACAACAAAUUUCCAUAUACUUACCGAUGUAUUGCAAAUGGAAAAUGCUGCGAUGAGCACAGGUCACCAUCUAUAACUGUGGUUGGUAAGUACUGAUGUCUGAUGCCGCUUAAGAUGUGUUAAUUCAACCGUAUAUAGGUCGAGCGCAUAUAAUGUAAAGUAUUACUAAGGAAAAGAGGGCAUUUAUAUUUUGCAGCGACUUAAUUUAUUUGAGAUUUGUUGUUUAUUUCUGUGGUUGAUUCAAUGUGCUUCAAGGGUUCACUUGAUGACCCGCUUCCAAAGUCCGUUUUCCACUUGGCAAACUUAUGGCGCGAAUUGGAACAAAAAGCAAGUUUCGGCAAUGCAUGUGCAUAAUUUAUAAGCAAUGGGCCACUUCCUUAUAGCGAUGCCCCCCCCC